UUAGGGUAUAAAAAGCCCCAAAUUACUUUCCCUCUCUUCAAACAAAUUCCUCUCUCCUCUCUCUCUUUCUCUCUCGUUCUUCAAUCAUCUCGAAAAAAGGACUCAAAAAUGGCGACUUUUGAGCUAUACAGGAGGUCGACGAUUGGGAUGUGCUUGACUGAAACACUUGAUGAAAUGGUAUCUAAUGGAAUUCUUAGUCCGGAGCACGCCAUUCAAGUUCUCGUUCAGUUUGACAAGUCAAUGACUGAAGCUUUGGAGACUCAAGUAAAGAGCAAGGUUACUAUUAAGGGACAUCUUCACACCUACAGGUUCUGUGACAACGUGUGGACUUUUAUCUUACAAGAUGCUGUGUUCAAGAGCGAGGAAUGCCAGGAGACUGUUAACCGCGUUAAGAUUGUGGCAUGUGACUCAAAGCUGCUCACACAGUGAGAAGACAGCUGAUUGAGAGAAUUUUCUGUCUGUUACUGAUUUCCAUUUCUAUAAUUAAUGUAGAAAUCGACAUAUUAUAAGUCUGAGAGAAGAGGGUGGAGUGUAGGUGUGGUUAUAUCCAUUCUGGGUAUAUUUCCAGGGCUGUUUAACACCUCUAUAUUUUGUACAAACCAGCAAACAUCAAUAGCUAUCCUUAGUCAAACUGUUAUGUUUAUGAUGCCAAUGUAUUUUACUAUGGACCUUUUGUACAAUGUUGAACUUUAGUAUUUCUGACAUUUAUAUGA